AGGAGCAGGAAGAAGACAGGAUAAAGUGGGAGCGGCAGCCUGUGUGGGCCAGCGAUGCUGCCAGUGUUCUGCGCUGUGCGCGGUGUGGGUCUCAGGUCGGUGGAGACUGCAGUUGGCGGUUUGAAGUCAAUAUGGGGAAGCUGCCAAAACUGUUGUACUAUUUUUCCCAAGGAUGUCACUUAUAGGGAACUCAAAAACCUGUUGAAUUCCAAAAAAGUUAUGUUAAUUGAUGUUAGAGAUUCAUGGGAAAUUCUUGAAUAUGGAAAAAUCUCUGGCUCUAUCAAUAUACCAUUGGAUGAGCUAGGCGAAGCUCUACAGAUGAACCCAAGAGACUUCAAAGAGAAGUACCAUGAAGUAAAGCCAUCCAAAUCUGACAGCCUAGUGUUUUCUUGUUUAGCUGGAGUGAGAAGCAAGAAGGCUAUGGACACAGCAGUAUCACUGGGCUUUAACAGUGUUCAACACUAUGCUGGAGGAUGGAAGGAAUGGAUAAAAUAUGAAUUUUCUGAGAAGAAAUAAGGAACUUGAGUUCUGGAAUACAUGAAAUUUCCUUGUGUGUAUAAAACCAAGGAUAAUGGAUUAAGCAAAAGAAAAAUCUAAUCCUGGCACCAACUAUUAAUGGGAAAGGGAUUCUGUAUAUCUGCUUGAUUACUCUUUCUCAUCUGUAAGCUGAAAAUACUGCUCCCCUGAACAUUUUCAAAAUUAUUAACGAUUGAGAUGAUAUGAUUUGUAAUAGAAAUAUAAAAGUGGAUUC